AUGCCGAUACUCACUAACGUUGAGUUCACGAGCCUGGUGCCCGAGGGGCUGCCGAUCUCUGUGAUUGGGAUUGUCGCGACCGUCGUUAUCGGCAUCAUAUACUCCGUUCUCACGAAGGAGAGACCUAUUGCUGGAUUUCCUCUCGUCUCGCUGGAAGGACAGACGCCGCGAAACAGUUGGCUAUAUAAUGCCCGAAGGUCGGCUGGUGUACACUCCGGCCCCUUCCAAGUCAUGACCGGCACCGGACCCAAAAUCAUCCUCCCUAACCGCUACGCCGACGAGAUCCGCAGCAACCCUGCUAUCAACUUCAACAAAGCCAUGCAGAAAGAUUUCUUCACCCACUACCCUGGCUUCGAAGCAUACAGGCAGAGCCUUGUAGACGCAACCCUGAUCCCGGAUACGGUGCGCAUUAAGCUGACCCAAUCGCUAAACAUCAUCACCGAUGACCUCAUCGACGAGACUACCUCCGCGCUCCAUGACAUCUACGGCGAGGACCCAGAAUGGAAGAGUAUCGUCUUGCGUGGCUCGAUCACGGACGUCGUGGCUCGUCUCUCGUCGCGCGUGUUUCUGGGGAAGAACCUCUGUCGUGAUAAGCGGUGGCUAGAGAUCUCGAAGGCGUAUACUAUACAGUCGUUCACCGCCUCGUUUAUCCUACGCCGUAUCCCUGUGCUUCUUAGGCCUCUCGUGCACUGGUUCAUUCCGCAAUGCAGAGCCUGCCGUCAAGCUGUCCGCGACGCCCACAAGCUGAUCGACCCGGAGGUGGAACGGCGUAGGGCGGCCGUCGACGAGGCGAUACGAAGCGGUGUCAAGCCGCCUAAGAUGGCCGACACGAUUGGCUGGAUGCACGAGAUCGCUAAGGGGAGGCAGGUGGACUAUGUAGCUGGACAGCUGAGUCUGACGGUGGCGGCUAUCCACACAACCACCGAGACGACGUCGAUGGCGAUGCUAAGUAUCUGCGAAUUCCCCGAGGUGAUGCCGGCGCUGAGGCAGGAGAUUAUCGAGGUUAUUGGCGAGCAUGGAUGGGCUAAGACAUCGCUAUAUAAACUCAAGCUUAUGGAUAGUUUCUUGAAGGAGUCAAUCCGGUUUAGGCCUAUGGCGGCGACCUCGAUGAACCGCUUCAUCGAAAAUGAUUUCACCCUUUCCGACGGCACCAAGCUCCCUAAAAACAGCCGCAUUAUGGUCGUGUCCGACUAUAGCAACCCAUCCGUCUACCCAAAUCCCGAGAAAUUCGACGCCGCCCGCUUCAUGAAGAUGCGCCAGCAGCCCGGUAACGAAAGCGCGUGGCAGUUAGUCACUACGAGCUCGGACCAUAUGGCCUUCGGUCACGGCCAGCACGCUUGCCCGGGUAGGUUCUUUGCCGCCAACGAGAUCAAGAUAGCGUUGUGUCACUUGCUGCUUAAGUAUGAUUGGCGGUUUGUGCCUGGGGUAGGAAGGCCCGAGGCCGAUGCGAUGGAGACAGGGGCCGCUGUUAGCUCCACGGGAGAGGUGCAGUACCGGAGAAGGGCGGCGGAGAUUGAUUUGGAUAACUUGACAAUGGAAUAG